CAAGCACCGCCUUAUGCCUCUGUGCACUUCCGCCUUUACUUCUGUUUCCUUCGGGCCUUGUGUUACAAGCGGCUCCAGGCUACCGAGUCUAUGCGUUCUUCUAGGGCCAGUGCCACACGACGAGGGAGAGGCGGCUUUGCAGGGAAGGAGAAUCCAGGAGCUGCCAGGCAGGCCAGAUCUUUCAUGACCCCAGUCCUCUUCUGACCCAGCGUAUCUUUAGAAUUGUUUUUCCAAGAACAGAAGAUGAAUACAUCCCAGAUUGAACAGAAAUUCCAAGGAUUGGUGUCAUUUAAGGAUGUGACUGUGGGCUUCACCCAGGAGGAGUGGCAGCACCUGGACCCAACUCAGAGGUCCUUGUAUAGAGAUGUGAUGCUGGAGAACUACAGUAACCUCGUCUCAGUGGGGUAUUGUAUUACCAAACCAGAGGUGAUCUUCAGGCUGGAGCAGGGAGAGGAGCCAUGGAUAUUGGAGGAAGAAUUCCCAAGCCAGAGCUUCCCAGACGUCUGGAAAACUGAUCAUAUGAAAGAAAGGAGCCAAGAACAGCAGCCGAGACAUGUGUGGGACGUUGUAUUCAUCAAUAACAAAAUGCUGACUAAAGAGCGAGGUAAUGUAAUAGGAAGACCACUUGACUUGGACACAGAUUCUUUUCCUUCCAAUAAAAUACUCUGUCACUGUGACUCAUGUGGAAUGAGCUUCAACUAUGUUUCAGGAUUGGUUAUCAACAGGAAAAACUAUUUAGGAAAAAAGACUGAUGAAUUUAAUGCCUGUGGGAAAUUGCUGCUCAAUAUUAAACAUGAGAAAACUCACACUAGAGAAAAAAGUGAAUUUUUUAAAAAUGAGAAAACUGUCAGUCAUGAUGAGGAUCCCAUUCAGCUUGAGACAAUUCAAACUUUCAAGCAAAAUUUUGAAUAUAGUGUAUAUCAAGAAACCUUCCUUGAAAAGGGAGUAUUCAAUACACCCAAGCAAGAGAUCACUGAAGGGAAUGACUGUGAAUAUGAUGAAUAUGGGAGAAGAUUCUGCGAUAACUCAUCCUUCAUGUUCUGUCAGCUAACUCCCUCAAAGGAAAAUCACUAUGAGCUCAGUGAUUGUGGGAAGUCCUUAUGUAUGAAGUCCACCCUUUUGAAACAUCAUGGGGCACGUAUGAAACACUGUGAAUGUGAUGAAAGUGGGAAUAAUUUCAGGAGGAAGUUGUACCUCUCACAACUUCAGAAAAGUCAUAAAGGAGAGAAACACUUUGAAUGUAAUGAAUGUGGGAAAGCUUUUUGGGAGAAGUCACACCUCACUCGACAUCAGAGGAUACACACAGGAGAGAAACGCUUUCAGUGUAAUGAAUGUGGAAAAACUUUCUGGGAGAAGUCAAACCUCACUAAACAUCAGAGAUCACACACAGGGGAGAAACCCUAUGAAUGCAAUGAAUGUCGGAAAGCCUUCAGCCACAAGUCAGCCCUCACAUUACACCAGAGAACACAUACGGGGGAGAAACCCUAUCAGUGUAAUGUAUGUGGGAAAACUUUUUAUCAGAAGUCAGACCUCACUAAACAUCAGAGAACACACACAGGAUUGAAACCCUAUGAAUGUUAUGAAUGUGGGAAAUCCUUCUGUAUGAAUUCACACCUUACAGUACAUCAGAGAACUCAUACAGGCGAGAAACCCUUCGAAUGUCCUGAGUGUGGGAAGUCUUUCUGUCAGAAGUCACAUCUUACACAACAUCAGAGAACUCACAUAGGAGAUAAACCCUAUGAAUGUAACGCAUGUGGGAAAACUUUCUACCACAAGUCAGUACUCACCAGGCAUCAGAUAAUUCAUACAGGGUUGAAACCAUAUGAAUGUUAUGAAUGUGGGAAAACCUUCUGCUUGAAGUCUGACCUCACAGUACAUCAGAGAACUCACACAGGUGAGAAACCCUUUGCAUGCCCUGAAUGUGGGAAAUUUUUCAGUCAUAAGUCAACCCUAUCUCAACACUAUAGAACCCAUACAGGGGAGAAGCCCUAUGAGUGUCAUGAAUGUGGAAAAAUCUUCUAUAAUAAAUCAUACCUAACUAAACAUAAUAGAACACAUACAGGGGAGAAACCCUAUGAGUGCAGUGAAUGUGGGAAAACUUUUUGCCAGAAGUCACAGCUCACUCAGCACCAGAGAAUUCACAUAGGGGAGAAACCCUAUGAAUGCAGUGAGUGUGGAAAGGCUUUCUGCCACAAGUCAGCUCUAAUUGUACAUCAGAGAACACACACAGAAGAAAAACCCUAUAAAUGUAACGAGUGUGGAAAAUCGUUUUGUGUGAAGUCAGGACUUAUUUUGCAUCAGAGAAAACACACAGGAGAAAAACCCUAUGAAUGUAAUGAAUGUGGAAAAUCCUUCAGUCACAAAUCAUCCCUCACUGUGCAUCACAGGGCUCACACAGGAGACAAAUCUUGUCAAUGUAAUGAAUGCGGGAAAAUUUUUUACCGAAAAUCAGACCUUGCUAAACAUCAGCGAUCACACACAGGAGAGAAGCCCUAUGAAUGUAACAUAUGUGGGAAAACUUUUUCUCAGAAGUCAAACCUCAUUGUACAUCAGAAAACGCACACAGGAGAAAAGUCUUGUGAUUGAAGUAAACACUAGAAAUGUUGAGCCACAAUUCAGCACCUGUUCCACUUCAGAGAAUUCACUCUAAGGUGAAAAUUCUGUUGACAUCCUGAAUGUUCAGUAAUCUUCAUCCACAAACUGGCCUUAUUUUACUCCAAAGCAAUGACAUGAGACAAAUCCCUAGACUACAGCAAGUGUAGGACAGUCUUGUUAAGAGUAACUGUCCGGUGAAUGUCACAUAACUAAUACUGGCAUAAAACCUCACAGAUUUUUUUGAUUUUGUAGAAGUUUUAGCAAAAAUAGAAACCAGGUUAUGUCACAAUUUAUACUGGGGAGAAAUCUGUGCAUUUGAGACAUUGAAGUCAGACAGAACAUCUUAUGGCUUGGAGAUUUUCUUUAGAGGUAAUGUAACAUUAGAAGUUAGAAGUUGUGUUUUGGUUUUGAUGCCAUAGUUAUUUUUAGGAAACAUAACAGAUUGUAAUUUAUAUAAGUAUAAUGUACAAUGUACACUUUAAAAAUGGAAACCAAGAAUAGUAAAGUAGACUCACAAGAAAUUGCAAUAAUAGUCCAUAGAAUUCUCAUGUGUCCUUUAUGAAGCUUCCUCUAAUAGUAAUGUUAUAUAACCAUAACAUAUCCUCAAGUACAAGAAAUUGAUGGUACUCUACUAGCAAGUCAGGUACAGACCUUACUCAGAUUUCAGCAGUUUUUACAUGUACUCUGUGUGUUGGUGUGUGUAUUUCUAUGAAAUUUUAUGGUUUUUACAUUUGAGUAACCUUCAACACAGGUUAUAAAAUCAAAAAGGAAUCUGGAGUCUGUAUUAGAUGAAGAUUACAAAGGAAUUAGGAUUUCACCACAAGUUUCUUUGUGUUAAUAAUCAUAGCCUUUCUACCACCCUAAUUCUGGCAACCACUUGAAUAUGAAGCUUUUUAAAAGCAGAGAUAAAUUGAAUGAUUACGGCAACAGCAUAAACACCCAUGAAAUAUCCUUUAAGUUCACAGGACUUAGGUAUGUACGUUACGUAAACUAUAUAUGUUUCUCACACAAAAUGGAACUUAAUAUAAUUGUGAAUAGAAAAUAGAUACUCCUAGUUUAGCAGUUGUUAUAACAUUAGGCACAUCUCCCAUGUGUGUAGGGCCUGGAGCAAUAGUUUAAAAGGAAGCCCACAAAGCUAAUGUCUAACUUUUUAAAACUUAUAAAUCAAAAUAACAAAAUGUUCAAUAAAAUGUAUUCUGUGUAUGGGGAUAUCCUGGCCCUAGUCCCAUCAUCCCUUUUCUCUUUUCACCCAUGGUUCAUUGCAAACCAUGAUGUGCCUUGUGUGUAUAUACAAAUGUAAAUACCCUAGCCUUCAGUCUAAAUUUGUCCAAACCUUGUGUAAGCAACUGCUUUCCAAGACAGGGUCCAGGAAAGAAACCUCAGACUAGAUGACACUCAGGGCUGUAAUCUAGACUAUAAAUUCCAGGGUCUGAUGUACCCAGAGAUCUGCCUGUUGACUCUAUGAGAAGGAAAAUUGAGGCUGGAGCAGGGCCAGAGUAGAACUAGAGCAGUGCAAAAAUGAUAUGCUAAAUUACACUAUCAGAUUAUGUAAAUAAUUAGGUUAAGCUAACAAUCUAAGAUUACACAAUCUAAUGAUCUUAGAUGACAAACAUAGUCUAAGCUUCCAUCUUAGGAAACUAGAAAAAGAAGAGCAAAUUAAGUCCAACGAAUAAAAAGCAAAAUAAUGAGAAUUAGGGCAGAUAUUAGAGUAAUUGAAAACAGGAAACCAAUAGAGAAAAUCAAUACAACCAAAAGCUAGUUCUUUGAGAAGGUCAGUAAAAUUGAUAAAUCUCUAGCCAGGUUAACUAGGAAAAAGAGAAGACACAAAUUGCUAAUAUCAGGAAUGAAAGAACCAUAGUUGCUGAUCCCAUGGGCACCAAAAGAGUUAUAGAGGAUUGUUAUAGACAGCUCUGUGCCCACAAAUUUGAUAACCUAGAUGAAAUGGGCCAAUUCCUUGAAAGACACAAUCUGCCAAAACUCACAGAAGAGUAAGUCUGAAUAGGCAUAUAUCUAUUCAAGAAAUUGGAAAAAAAAUUAAAAAAAAGAAAUUGAAUCAAUUUUUAAUCUUCCAAAUCAGCAAGUAUUAGGCCCAGAUGUUUUUCACUGAUGAAUUCUAUCAAAUUAAGGAAGAAAUUGUAUCAAUUCUCUACAAUAUCUUACAGAAUGUAAAAACAAAAAAUACUUCCUUACUCAUUUUAUGAGGCCAGCAUUACCCUAGUUAUAAAGCCAGGCAAAGGCUUUACAAGAAAGAAAGACUACACACCAAUAUCUCAUGAACAUAAAUGUAGAAAUCCUCAACAAAAUAUUUGCAAAUUAAAUCAAACAAUGUAUAAAAAGAAUUACAUGCCGUGAUCAAGUGGAAUUUAUCCAGGUAUGCAAGGCUGGUUCAGUAUUUAAUAAUCUAUUAAUGUAACCCAUCAUGUCAACAGGCUAGGGAAGAAAUAUGUGAUCAUAUCAAUAGAUGCAGAAAAACAUUUCAAAAAAUCAUAACACCCGUUCAGGAUAAAUAAAAACUCUCAGUAAGCUAGGAAUACAGGGAAUGUCCUUAACUUGGUAAAGAACAUCUAUAAAAAUUCUACAGCUAGCAUCAUACUUAAUGGUGAGAAACUAGAUAUUUUCCCAGUAAGGUAAGGAAUAACACAAGCAGGUCCCCUGUCACUACACCUUUCAGCAUCCUUCAGGAAGUCCUAGCUAACGCAGUAGGAAAAGUAAGGGAAAUAAAAGGUACAAAUUUGAAACAAAGAGAUAAAACUAUGUUCACAGAUAACAUGAGUGUGUAUGUAGAAAAUUCCAGAGAAUCAACAAGAAAACCUCCUGACACUGUUAAGCAGUUCCAGCAAGGUUACAGGAUAUGAUGUUCAGGCAGGUGAUAAAAAGACAUGAGCUAAAAGGAGCAGAGACACAGAACCUUAGGUGCAUGCUGCUAAAUGAAAGAAGUCAAUCUGAUUCCAACUAAUGCAUUCUGAUUAAGGCAAAACUAUGGAGACAGCAAGAAGAUCAGUGGUUGCCAGGGGUCCAGGGUGAAGGUGGGAGGGAUGAAGAGGUGGAUUACAGAGAAUUUUUAGGACAGUGAAACUAUCCUGUAGGGUACUGCAAUGAUAGAUACAUGUCAUUGAUUUGUCAAAACUUAGAAAAUGUAAACCACAUUAGGGUCAACCCUAAUGUAAACUAUGGACUUUAGUUGUAAAAAUGUAUCAUUGUUGGCUCAUCAGUUGUAACAAAUGUACCACACUAAUGCAAGAUAUUAAUAAUUGGAAAACUGUGGAGGGAGGUGGAGGUGAAGGGGUAUAUAGGAAUUCUGUGCUUCCUGCUCAAUUUUUCUGUAAAACUACUCGAAAAAAGUGGAGUGUAUUAAAUAAACAACCCUGCCACAUGUAACAGUAUAGAUGAGUCUGUGAGGAUGCUUUCUUAUAUAUUUACAAAAUUAAAAACUCACAUU